AUGAGGUUAUACGUAUUCCUUCUUAUUAUCAUUUUGUCCAGCUCCUCAGUUUACCUAGUAUUGGGUUUAAUACAAGAUUUAGCCAUGUGCCAUGUGGACUUCACCCUAAAACCCGUUGAUGGAAUCGUUAAGAUCCACUCCUUCAAGUGGUUAGGCUUUGUCCAAUACGUACACACGACCACGGGUCUUCCUCACCACAGCAAAGCGCCAAGGGUAGUGUUAGUCCAAAAAGAGUUCGUUCUGGGCACUGCCACCGACAUGCUGCAUCUGCCAAAGAACUAUAAGCUUGGAAAUGUCAUAUUUGGUGAUUACGAGCAAGAAGAAAGCGACUGUGACCUCUCGAAGCAGCAAAUCAAGAUUGGAAUGCAAUGUCAGCGCGCAUACAUCGAAAUGCCUUACACUACUAUACUACCGCAUCCGGAGUUCUCAAGGUUUGGUGUAGGAAAUAGUCUUGCCCUUGUUAAACUCCUUCGACCCAUUAAAUCAAACUAUAUGGUGCCAAUAUGUCUACCAACGAUUAUUGAACGGGAAAGAAAAAAAAAUACCAGAGUUGUUUUUAUGGUGGAUUAUUUGAGUACUGUACCGAGAGAUUUUGAUUCCGAGAAAAUGGCAAAGAAAACUUUGCGACUUUAUACUCAUAAAGAAUGUAAGAAGCACAGAAUAAAAUCGAGACUUGGCAGCGAGGGUGUGACCCAUGUUCUCUGCAGCUCUGGGUGCGGGGUACGGCCCGGAGCCCCCAUCGUCAGCCACUCUGCUGAUGGCACCUUCGAAAUUAUAGGUAUAGCAGCAGGUGGCGGCACUUGCACUCGGCGGACCAUGAGGCGUCGACUCAAUAAGGAACCACCUCUAUAUAUAGAUGUUUACCCGUAUGUCUCGUGGAUAACCAACGUUAUCACAGCGCACUUACUGCCAAAACCGUAUCCACAUAAUUUCAAAUUGGCUUCUGACGGUACUGGGCUGACUGUCAAAAAAGGUGGUUACUUGAGAAAGAGAAGACCACAACGGGAGGACUGGAGUGCCAGGUACUUCGUAUCUGGAAAAACAUGCUUUCAAAGUGUUAAAAAACAACGGAGACACCACACAUUCUACGUGGAAAGGUUCGAAGUAAAUGCUGAUCCACCGGGCAAAAUGAUUGUUAGGUUGGAGGUAUCUGCCGGAAUAUACACAACGAUAGUAUGCGUAAAAUUGCUGCUUCCCAAUAGGUUCUACAGACCAAAGAUCGUUGGAGUCGGGGGCUACAACAUAUCUGUUUACUUCGAGACUGAUUGGUUUCCUUACACCUUUUACUUUUCUCUUAGUCUCACUGGCAAGAAGACUACAGAAACAGAUCUAGAAGAAUGGCAGUAUGAACUCCCGGAGAAUUUCCAUGGGAGACCGUGGCACUAA